CGGCGCUUCCGGCCCCGGCCGAGGCGCGAGCUGUCUCUUGUGGUUCCCAUACGCGGUGUGUGAAGUUCUGCGGGUCUAGGAGGAGCCCGAGAUCCACGCGGGAUGCCCUGGAGACGGGCGGGUUGAGGGCUGAUCGAAGGCUCCGCCCGCCCCUGGCGCAAGGAGGAGAGUAGGACCGGCCUGGGCCGGUGUGUCCUGAGCGCCCUGCGUCCGAUGCCCUGCCUCUGGCUUGCGGCGUUAAAAAAGGGGCGGGGGGAAGGUUGGGGAGGAUGGAAAUGAAGAUUAAAUAGAUUUCUCUGCAGAUCCAGUGCUGUUAAAUCCUGAGAACCCACAGUUUUUUAAAAAAUGAAGAAAUUAAGGCUUAAGGAGCUAGAGAGUCGCCUGCAACAAGUGGAUGGAUUUGAAAAGCCCAAGCUACUUCUAGAACAGUAUCCGACCAGGCCGCACAUUGCAGCAUGUAUGCUCUAUACAAUUCAUAAUACAUAUGAUGACAUUGAAAAUAAAGUGGUUGCAGACCUAGGCUGUGGUUGUGGAGUGCUUAGCAUCGGAACUGCAAUGUUAGGAGCAGGGUUAUGUGUUGGAUUUGACAUAGAUGAAGAUGCAUUGGAAAUAUUUAAUAGGAAUGUGGAAGAAUUUGAGUUAACAAAUGUUGACAUGGUUCAAUGUGAUGUGAGCUUAUUAUCUAACAGAAUAUCCAAGUCUUUUGAUACAGUAAUUAUGAAUCCUCCCUUUGGGACCAAAAAUAAUAAAGGGACAGAUAUGGCAUUUCUGAAGACUGCUUUGGAAAUGGCAAGAACAGCAGUAUAUUCUCUACACAAAUCCUCAACUAGAGAGCAUAUUCAAAAGAAAGCUGCAGAAUGGAAAAUCAAGAUAGAUAUUAUUGCAGCUAAGGGUGAUAAAUGCUUGGAAAUGUUAUCCUUAGAUGACUUUUGUUUUAUAGAGCUGCGAUAUGACCUGCCAGCAUCAUACAAAUUUCAUAAAAAGAAAUCAGUGGACAUCGAAGUAGACCUAAUUCGGUUUUCUUUUUAAAAGCUUCCAAAGACAAAAGCAGCUGAAAACCUAAUUAAAAUGAAUAAAAAAUGUGUUUGCUACACUACUGGUCUCCGGC